AUGUGGCUAAAGCUUCUAACACACCAACCUAGGCCAAGCGAACAAUCACAUAAAUCGUAUCGUCCGCUGACCGUGCUAACGUUCCGAUGGAACUAUGCAAUGCACGGCCUACAGCCGGCGGGUUACCACCUCGUCAACCUACUUCUACAUGCCCUAGUCUCCUUAUUAUACUACAGGGUGUGCGCAAUGUUUCUCCCGGAAUUUGCAAGUUUCGUGGCAGCCAUCUUGUUCGCGGUGCACCCUAUACACAGCGAAGCCGUGACAGGUGUCGUGGGCAGGGCUGAAAUGUUGUCGUCGCUGUUUUUCCUUGGUGCUCUACUUUGCUACGCGCGCGCCGCCAGCCGUAGACGAUAUACAGAUUGGCGCUAUGUAGCGGCGUGCACCGCGUGCGUGGGCAUCGCAAUGCUCUGCAAGGAGCAGGGCAUCACCGUGACCGCUGUGUGUGUUGUGUACGAGCUGUUUGUUGCACAGAAGCGCCGUGGGAAUGCUAGCAGAUCUUGGCUCGAGUACUGGGGUAAGGGAGGGUGGGGGUGCGCGUGUGGGGAGGCAGCUCGCAGGGUUGCCACAGUGUGUUGCGCAACCCUCGCGCUACUCGCGGCAAGGCUACACGUCAUGGGAGCACAAUUACCCGUGUUCACGAGAUUUGACAACCCUGCUGGGGCUGCCCCGCCCCCGGCUAGGCACUUAACAUUUGCAUACCUGCCAGCUCUAAAUGCCUGGUUGCUAACAUUACCUGAGGCUUUAUGCUGUGAUUGGACAAUGGGUACAGUAGCGUUACUCCGAUCGUGGCGAGACCCGAGGAAUUUGGCAACUAUAGCGCUAGCAACUACUUUGAUUGCUGGUGCCAUACAUGCUUUAAGGACGAGAUCUUCGGCAUUGUCAAUGGGUUUGGCAUUACUAGUACUACCGUUUUUGCCAGCGUCAAAUCUCUUUUUCCCUGUCGGCUUCGUGGUAGCGGAAAGGGUUUUGUACAUGCCUUCCAUGGGUUGGUGUCUAUUGGUAGCUCAUGGUUGGCGACUGGUUGCCAAGAAAAGAGCGAAGUUGGCAGCUGGGGCCUUAAUAUUCCUUCUCAUGGCAUUCAGUGCCAAGACUUAUGUUAGAAAUUGGGAUUGGAAAACUGAAUAUUCCAUUUUUGCAUCCGGACUUAAGGUAAACAGAAACAACGCAAAACUCUAUAACAACGUUGGCCAUGCACUGGAAGCUGAUGGAAAAUACGCGGAUGCCUUAGAGUUCUUCAAAACAGCAGUCAACGUCCAACCCGACGACGUUGGCGCCCAUAUAAACGUGGGAAGAACUUUUAACCACUUGGGAAAAUAUCAAGAAGCCGAAGAAGCCUAUGUCAAAGCAAAAUCAUUAUUGCCAAAAGCUAAACCAGGAGAGUCGUACCAAGCCAGAAUUGCCCCAAAUCAUCUAAAUGUCUUCCUGAAUUUGGCUAAUUUGAUAUCCAAAAAUGCAACGCGGUUAGAAGAAGCCGACAUGCUUUACAGACAAGCGAUUAGCAUGAGGGCCGAUUAUACCCAAGCGUAUAUAAAUAGAGGGGAUAUUUUGAUUAAGCUGAACAGGACUAAGGAGGCACAGGAGUUGGGAGUGGUCCUCCUCGAGCAAGGCAAGGCGUCGCAAGCCCUGGCCUACCUCGACAAGGCGUUAGAGCUAGAGCCGGAACACGAACAAGCGUUGCUCAACUCCGCCAUACUGUUACAAGAGCUGGGCGCCGCCGACCUGCGGCACCUCGCGAGACAACGCCUCUUGAAACUGCUGGAUAAAGAUGCAACAAACGAGCGUGUUCAUUUCAACUUAGGCAUGGUGUGUAUGGACGAGGGCGAUGCAGAAUGUGCAGAGCGAUGGUUCAGGGCGGCCGUACAUCUGAAACCGGAUUUUAGAUCAGCUUUGUUCAACUUAGCCUUACUCUUAGCAGACCGGCGAAGGCCACUAGAAGCUGCACCGUUUUUGAAACAACUCGUGCGACAUCAUCCCGAUCAUGUGAAAGCAUUGGUUCUUCUGGGGGAUAUUUACAUUAAUUCUGUGAAGGACCUCGAUGCGGCUGAAAGUUGCUAUCGUCGUAUAUUGGAGCUGGAACCGGACAACGUUCAAGCAUUACACAACCUUUGUGUAGUUGCCGUUGAAAGAGGGAAGCUGGCCGUAGCAGAAGAAUGCCUUCAAAGGGCCGCUGCACUCGCACCUCAUGAACACUACAUACAACGCCAUCUAGCGGUGGUCCGAGCACGCCGCGCCCCGAACACCGCCAACACACCCAACACCCCCAACACCCCCCGGGAGCCACCCCCCGAGGUACGAGCUCGCUGGAACUACAUCCCCCAACAGCCCCCCGACCCCCACGAAACUGACCCUUCA